UCGCACGAUUUUAUUGGCAUGUACAGACGAAAAUUAACACUUUUGAAGCGCAGGCUCGUACAUUAUACAACUGUGCCUCUCUAGUUUGUAGCUCGCGAUCCGACGAAAAAAAACGUGCAAAUUUCAAAUCUGCGUGGACGAUGGUAUCGUUUGAAUAGACGCGCGCACAGCAAUUCCAUAACGAUCGGGAUUUCGUCCGUGCAGGAAAAGCUUCGUGUUUCGCUGUCGUUUCUAACCUACAAAUUGGGAUGGCCGACUCGGAGCAAGAUUUUGGUGAUCGUAGCGAUAAUGAGAACGUGAAGCCAGACAAACUGUUUAUCCUGAAGAAAUGGAACGCCGUGGCCAUGUGGAGCUGGGACGUGGAGUGCGACACCUGCGCGAUUUGCCGCGUUCAAGUGAUGGACGCAUGUCUGCGGUGCCAGGCGGAGAGCAAGAAGGACUUCUACGGUCGGCAACAGGACUGCGUGGUCGUUUGGGGAGAGUGCAAUCAUUCUUUCCACUACUGCUGUAUGUCUCUCUGGGUGAAGCAGAGCAAUCGUUGCCCCCUGUGCCAGCAGGAGUGGUCCAUCCAACGGAUGGGAAAAUAAUCACGGGGACGAAACUGACCAGCUUUCCUUUUUUCCUGUAUCCACGUUUCUUCUCGUACACCCUUCUCUCCUCCUCGCCCUCUCCGACCCCCGUCCCUUGUAUAAGCCAACCUUUUCUCCCGUUUCCCUAAGCAGAAUUCCAAGUAUUGCCGGACCCGACGCGUCAGAAUCCUCGUCGCGUUAGGCGGUUUCGAAGCAAGGUUUCGUUCAACCUCGAUUUCGAACGAAACGCUAACUCGCGCUGCCUCGCGCGAUCAUUACCGGCAAAAGAAAGUCCGUUUCCUCGGAACGUACUCCAUUCCCGAUCUCCAUCCAUCAAGAUCUCCCCUCUAUCUCCAGCAACGAAAGAUCAUAGUAGACGCGAUUACGUUCCUAGCUCCUACGAAACAGGAUCCACCGUGGCUUGUUUUUCCAAGACGUCUGAAAUACCCUACGGAACCACGGCGAAAGAAUUUCUGUUCGAGCGAUACGUCGCGGCAAAAUGCACGAUUCUUAGCCAGUAAUCCCAAAGCGCAAAGUGCAUUCCGUCCCGACGCGUCGAUCGACGGAUUACAAGAUCACGCGAUCUCUUCGGGGCUACAAAGAUUAUUCAAUCCCCGGUUUGGCGCGCCGACGGUCGCGCGUGCGCGUCCAUUUAAAUUUGCAUUCGUAAUGAAACCUGGCGACGCCGCUAUAAAUUUCAUCGAAAAGCUUAGGUGAUAAAUGAUCGUGGAGCGGUUUAGGCUCCGCACGGUUCGACUCUGGCGAGCCUCGUCGAGGCACGCGACGGGGCACGUAAUCGCGGUCCGAAUGCUCGAAGGUCGCUCCUUUCUUCUCCUCUCUGUUCCCUGUUCGCCCGUCGACCGUGUUUCGUCUCUGUUCCGCCAGCGUUGUUACCGACAUGCUGUCUCGUUCGCCUCGUUUCCUCCUUUUCCCACCAUCGUAUCCCCCGGCUUGCUUGCCGUCCGGCUGGCGUUACGUCGUCAUCGGAGGCUCGACCGGAGGCUCGACCAAUCCGGUUGUAGAAGGGUACAACAUUGCCUCUGUGUAUUUAUGACCUCGCCGGUUACCGCCACACCUCUUCUUUCCUCUCUACCCUCUUUCUCUGCGCUCUAUCCACUUACCCUCCACCUUUCCGUGCCCACAUCUAAUGUCCCCCUCUUCGCUCCCCCCCUCCCGAUGCCCCGCAUUCCUACCCGAGCUACCCUGUCUUCGGAUUCUCCACCGGUACUCCUCCUCCUUCCUUCUUCCUUCUCUCCGAAUUUCGUCUACCCGUCUCUCGUCCUGUUAACCAACCAAGCGAAACGCGUCAACUAUCUUCCAACGAUCUGUUUAUCAUAUUAUUUAUUUCAGUAAUUGACUAUCGCGAUCGAUCGUGAAUCGAUGACAAUUAGGGCGUGGAGUUACCUGGAACCUUGUUCGACUCGAUAGAGUCUACAUUUAAAAAAAAAAAAAAGUGAAAACUGCGUGUUCCUUUUAUUCGCGAACCUUUUAGCGUUUUUUUCAUUUUUUCGACACUCACGCUCUUCUUGCAGAUAACGAUUCGAUUACGUUUCGCCCACCUGCGUUCUAUGAGGAAUAAAUCACGUCGCCGUUAUCGGACCGUCGUUUUAUCAGAAUGGGUGUGUUCGGGUAUCGAAAAAGUUGUCGGUUGACGGAUCAAAAUCCAUUCGUAGAAUGUCAGAGACAGAUGUAUUAACGAGAUAUUAUCGGGGAUUUUCUGAACGUCAACGUGUUAUCGAUGCCAUCGGUGUAUGAUGGACUUUGGAUCAAAUUCGCAAACGGUCGAUCGAUCGAUUACAAUAAAAAAAAUCCACGAGACGAUGCCGACGAUAUGCUGCAUCGGCAUAAUUGCAGCAACGAUCGGUAUUUUCGCGUGUAAGCUCAUCGACGUAGAGAUUGCUUAACCCGUCCGAUGACGAUGCCUGUUCAUCGUUCAGUCGAUAUCAUUAUACAUAUAUCUCCCGAUCAUGAUUAAGUUCAAAGUAACUGAAAAAUAAAUUGUGAAGCAUCGGGCCACGGUGCGAUGAAAUAGAUAUAGCUCCUAGUAUGUACUUAUCUCGUACAAUAGCGAACAAUUAAGAAAAUUAAUCAACCUCGUCUUGGAUAACCGUUGAAUGUUCCAACGGCUAAGUCACGGUUGACUUCGAUUUCGAAACUCCGCCCGAGUUUCCGAGUUCACUGGCUACAGAACGUUCAAAGCCGCAUUGAAAAUCGUCGACGUCUUCGUAUCUAUGUAUUUUUAAGUGUCCGUGCGUUUUACAGUCGUAUACACAUGAAUAAACAACCGGCAGUCGUUCCGGUAAAAGCCUA